GUUCGCGCGGUUCACGGUGGUUCACGCGGUUGCCAUUUGAUGCUCUUUGUGCAAAUGCUGCGGUCAUCCUCAUCGGCACGAUUACUAGGUGUACUCGUGUCCACGCGGAUGUUCGUCAUCCUCACCCUCACCCUACCUCUUCACCCUCUCGCCGCCUCCCUAAGCCUUGACAACUCGAUACUGAUGCUUGUCACUCGUGUCGUGGUUCCUUUUGGACUCCAGAACAGGAACGAAUUCGCUCUUACUCUUAGAGCGUAACGUAUCUGGUUCCUAACAGUCGAGUUUGCGCUUGGAUCCCAUUGACGCGUCAUAGUGUCCGCAAUCGACUGGGUUCAAAACUGCACUCGUUCUCACGCCCUUGCGUAUGGCUCUCAAGUCCCAGCCUUUUUGGUCUAGGGGAGACACCUGGCGACUGAUGCGUCUGGGCAGUCCGUCUCAUGAGCGUAGCGUAGGCUUAGGGAUGCACCCUCAUCUCAUCCUUCAGCUUUCAACCUCCUUCACGUGCCCGUCCCCAUUGCGACAUGACGCCCCCUUUUCCUUUUUUGUUUUGUUUUGACGUUGUAAACUGUAAUUGGAA